CAAGACCCAAAUCAAUUAUAUAAAACUAGCUAUUUUGCUAAAUGUGUUAUUACGUAAAGCAAAAAAACUACAAAUUACAUGGCUUUAAGUAUCUUUGCUAUCUUAAUCAUGUUCUUAUCAUUCUUCACUCAAAUUGCUACUAGUCGUUUAACACCACAAAAUUUCAUGACCAAUUCUUUUGGAACUUCAUCAUCAAAAUCCAAGGAUGGUGUUGAAGGAACUAAAUGGGCCGUAUUAGUAGCCGGGUCUAGAGGUUUUCAAAAUUAUCGUCAUCAGGCCGAUAUUUGUCAUGCUUACCAAAUUUUAAAAAGAGGUGGUCUCAAAGACGAAAAUAUCAUUGUUUUUAUGUACGAUGAUAUAGCUUACAACGAAGAUAAUCCUAAGAAGGGAGUUAUCAUAAAUAGUCCACAUGGUGAAGACGUUUAUAAUGGAGUUCCCAAGGACUACACAGGCAAAAAUUUGAAUGUUAGAAAUCUUUUAGGAGUCAUAUUAGGAGAUAAGAAAGCUAUAAAAGGUGGAAGCGGAAAAGUCGUCGAUAGUGGCCCUAACGACCACAUAUUUAUUUACUAUGCUGAUCAUGGAGCUUACGGAGUACUAACUAUGCCCGAUUUUGAAGACCUAUAUGCUGAUGAUUUCAUCAAGACCAUGAAGAAAAAGCAUGAGUUGGGAACUUAUAAAAGCAUGGUGAUAUAUGUAGAAGCCUGUGAAGCAGGGAGUAUAUUUGAAGGGCUUCUACCAAAGGAGUGGAACAUAUAUGCAACAACAGCUUCUAAUUCUGAAGAAAGUAGUUGGGCAACCUACUGCCCUGGCUUUGAUGUUGCUCCUCCUCCUCAAUAUGAUACCUGUUUAGGGGAUUUGUACAGUGUUUCUUGGAUGGAAGAUAGUGAGACUCACAGCAGUCAAGCAGAGACUUUGGAACAACAAUAUAUGGUGGUGAAGAAAAGGCUGACAGAAGCAGGGAGUGAAGGAUCGCAUGAGAUGUGGUUUGGUAGUAACCAAAUUAGUAAGGAUCUGCGCUCUCAAUACAUGGGUACUACUCCUGGUAGAACAACUUUUAAUGGUGCUCAUUAUAAUCAUACUCAUCAAAUUGUGGACCAACAUCAAGCUGAUAUUCUCUUUUUCAAGAGAAAGGUCAUUAGAGCAGUCGAAGGAUCAAUGGAAAAAGAAAGAGCAAAAAAGGAGUUGGAAGAUGUAUUAUCACAUAGGAAUCAUGUGGACUCUACCAUCAAAGCUAUUGGAACCUCUCUUUUUGGUGGUAAUCAAGGUUUUCAAAUGUUGACUAACACUCUUCGAUCAACGGGUCAACCCAUUGUCGAUGAUUGGAAUUGUUUCAAAUCAAUGGUUGCCAUAUACGAAAAACAUUGUGGACCCUUGUCCAGCUAUGGAAAGAAACAUUUGCGAACCUUUGCAAAAAUGUGUAAUGCAGGAAUUCAACAAAAUCAAAUGGCACAAGCAUCAUCACUUGUGUGCGCUGGGACAAGUUGAAGUGAUUAGCCCACCACUAUAACACUAGUACUUGCUACUAUAAAUACUGUGUAAUUACGUAUCGCAUAUACCUAGCUCUUGUGCUGCUAAAUUGUAUAUUUAUGUCCAUGUAUUGUUUUAGUCAAAGGAAUAUUGUCCUCUAGUUAACCAAAUACAUACGCCAUCUUAUCUCAAAUUUAAAAUUAUAAUUAAAUGCUGAUAAUAAGAAUAAUUUGUAAUACAAAUUUUCAAAAAAUAUUAUGUAUGAUAAUGAAACUUUAAUUAUAGAACACUUUUUCUUUGCAA